AUGACAGAAGACGAGGACGGAGAUGAUAUCACUGCUCAGAGCAGAGCUCGGUUUCAACAACUUCUACAGGAAAAUGUGGAAAUUCCUUCCAGGGAAACAAAAAAGAAAAAGAAAAAAAUGAAACCCUCAAUGUCGACUGAAGAAUCAGUGAUGCAGCAACUGAAAUGCUUGCAAAAAGAUGAAGAUCCCAGUAUCUCGGCCAAUACGUACAACCCCAAAGAAACUAGACUCAGUCCAAAGAAAAAGAACUUGCAACAGCAGCUGGAAUUGUCUUCAGGUGACAAUGAAAUUGAAUCUCCAAAGAAACGAACUUCAAAGAAAACCUCAGAUCCAAAGAAGAGGAAGUCUCGACCACAACCUUCACCUGAAGACGAUCAGACACGAAAUGAAGAUGAAGAUCUUCUUAUAUCUUCCCCAAAAGAAAAACCCCAAAAGUCAUUAUUCAGCAGGAAAAAUAAGAGUAAGCAUCCAAAAGAUGAAGAUCAAAAUGAAGAAGUUGUGCCACCAGAGACAACACUUGAUUCUCCAAAACCUGAGACCAAAAGAAAUUUGCUAAAGAAAAAAAAAUCUCGGAAAAAAGAAAUUGAAGAGAGAGAAGCGGAUGCUAUAGAACAGCCGACACGGAUGAUUUCUGACGUUGCCGAUGAAGGAAAUAUUCUUGCGAUCAGCAUCCACAGAACAGACAAACUCAAGAAUGAUUUCCACAUUGCCCAUCCACUGGUACGCGUGCACAUUGUUAAUGAGGAAACUGGACAAUACCUGAGCAAACAAAACAGUUUGAGAGCUGUGACUUCCAUUUAUGAGGGUAAAAAUUCAAAUGUCCAACAUAUCUUACCCAUAAUGACUCAGCCAUUUGACUUCAAGCAGAAAAAAUCCACUCUUCCUGUUUGGGAAGAUGUUCUUGUGUUUAAUGAAAACUACAAUUAUUUUGUCCAGACAGAACCAAAAGUUAUUCUAUUCUUUGAGAUUCUAGAUUUUGUGGGAAUGAACAUGGCCAGCCUACAUUAUUCAAAGCAGAAACAAGAAUCUGGUUGGUACAAAAUUGCCUGGGCUUUCCUCAAGAUUGUUGGUGCUAACAAUAAAGUAAACACAGGCUCCAAAGUACGUUUGCAGUUAUUUGAGCCAAUAAACACCAGCAUAGACAUGCUGUCCAGCUCUCAGAUGCCUGAAGUUUAUAACUGGUGGAAAAAUUAUCACCGUGUGAAUUACCCUUCCACUUUGUAUGUGACCGUCAAAUCAAUGAUCAUGCCACAAGAAAUGGAUCCAGGAACAGGGGCUGCUUCCCAGCAAGAGAUGGGAAUAAGCAAUUUAAGUGAAAUGAAGAACGCGGCUAAUUCAGGAGUCACACCAAUAGAAAAACCACGAACUCUGUUGACUUGGUCAAGAUUGCCUGGUCAGACAUGUCGGGUACCCAACUCUGUCAUUCUCACUUUAAAGGCAGGACGUGGUGGCUGUUAUACUGUCAAAUUCUCAAAUGAUGGCAGAAGUCUGGCUUGUGGGUGUAAUAAUACUAAGGACUAUCCUGUUUUGAUCUAUGAGAUUCCAUCUGGACAGCUGCGCCACCAUUUACCUGGACAUUUCGGCAUCAUCUAUGAUCUUUGCUGGUCACCAAAUGAUAUCCAACUGUGUUCUGCUUCAGCUGAUGGAACAGUCAGAGUUUGGAACAACCAGCGGCCAGAUGAACAAGAAGUAAAGAUAUUGCCACACCCAGGUUAUGUUUACUGCUGCCAAUUCCACAUCAAAUCUGACAGUCUUGUAGUGACAGGAGGCUUUGAUGCUAUCAUCCGUGUUUGGGAAACCCAUGUUCCAGAUAAAUAUGGGCAGUUAUUACAAGAAAUUGAAUCUCAUAAGGGCAACAUCAACACUCUUUGCUUUGAUGAACUUGGUGAGAAACUCUAUUCUGGUGACAGUAUUGGAACCGUGUUGAUGUGGAACUCUUACUUGAAUAACCAACCAUCAGAAACAGCCUUCAAAAGAGACUGGACGUUCUAUAAAGAUAUUUCCAUCCCAGAAAAAAAGGGAAUUCCAAUCAACUGCCUUAAAAUGCAUUGUAGUGGACGUCGGCUCCUUGUGCAUUAUCGUGACAGCAUCAUUUGUAUGAUUGACCUUCGUAUAAAUCAGGUAAUGCAAGAAUAUAUUGGCGCCUUGAAUUGGAGCAAGCAUAUCCGUAGCACAUUGAGUCCAUGUGGGACUUUAGUUUUUGCUGGUAGUGAAGACAACAGAGCCUAUGUUUGGCAUACAGACACAGGUGACAAACUGGAAGUCUAUGUCAAGCUUGGCUAUCAACAACCAGUCACUGGCAUUGACUAUCAUCUCAGAGACCACAUUAUUGCUUUUAGCAGUUCUGGCAACAAUCAACCAGUUUAUGUCUACAAAUACGACCCUUCUGUCACUUUGAAACCAGAUGCUGUCACAUCAACCUCCCUAGAACAGAGUGAAGCAGACGUAUUACAAGCUUCUCUGAAUAAGACCAAAAGCAGAUCAAAGGGCCUUGCUAGUGAAAGAAAUGAAAAUUUUGAUAUUCUCAACAAGACUCGUUAUGAAAAAGCCAUAAAGAAAUUGAAUUCAGUUUCCACUCUAAGUCCUUCCAUGUUCUCUCCGCUUGCUCAUCAGCCUUUAGAAAUGGCUCUUCGUCAGGAGCAGUUCUUCCGAGAAAACAAAUAUUCAGCUCAAAGUUCAGUACCCUUAUGCUCCGAUCACACAUUGUUUAACCCUUUUGGAUCCAAGUUGGUUGCAUCUCCAAUUACUUCUCGAAAGAAAGCUGUUAAUACAGUCAGUGGUUCAUUGCAAUUCAGCUUUGAAACACCAAAAGGGGCACAGCAUGAAGAAGUCGUUGCCCUCUACGAUUACCAAGCCCAACGUUCAGAUGAACUAAAUUUUGCUGAAGGUGAUAUUUUGAAAGUGCUCUACAAGGAUACAGAACAUUGGUGGAUGGGAGAAUCUCCAUCGGGCCAACAAGGAUUCUUUCCUUCAAAUUAUGUGGAAAAAGCCUUCAAAUCAUCAAACAGCAAGAAGGCAAAGCAUUCGGUCGAGAAGAACAUCGAAAAAUCAUCCUGA